UGUAGGUGCUUCUCUCACCACAACACCACUUCACCUGUUGCCUGUUUAGCCUGUCUUUUCAUUCAGUUCAAGAGCCCAGUUCAAUAUCUUUCUCUGCCUUUGGCUGGUGCCAGGACUUCUGGGGAGACACAAAAAAAGGGCUAGUUUAUUUUACAAAGGCAGAAACGAAUGGAGGAAUAAAGGUGGUUCAGAGUCAAGUGUGAGCGGGACUGUGAGGUACCAGAAAUCCCAUUGUUGUUUGAGGUGUGAAAUAUGGAGACACUGAGCUAGAGAUGGGGUCGGUAGCAUCAUAUUUUGGAGAGCUGUGCGGGACACAGAAAAAACAGGAGGAGGAGAGACGCUUGCGAGCUAAUGACAGACCUUACAAUCUGUCUUUCCACUAUGCUAACAAUGCCAUCAAGACAUCCAAGUACAACAUUGUCACCUUCCUGCCUCUUAACCUCUUUGAGCAGUUCAGGAGGCUCGCCAAUGCCUACUUCCUCUUCCUCAUGAUCCUUCAGCUCAUUCCUCAAGUCUCUUCCCUCUCCUGGUUUACUACUGCCGUCCCUCUUGUUUUGGUGCUGUCCAUUACAGCUGUAAAGGAUGCCAACGAUGACAUAAGCAGACACAAAAGUGACAAUCAAGUGAACAACCGCACUGUGAGCGUCCUCAUCGAUGGAGAACUUAAAAAUGAAAAAUGGAAGAAUGUUCAGGUUGGAGACAUAAUCAAACUGGAGAAUAAUCAGUUUGUCACAGCAGAUCUUCUGUUGCUGUCCAGCAGUGAGCCUCUCAAUCUGGUCUACAUAGAGACAGCUGAAUUAGAUGGUGAAACCAAUCUGAAGGUGAAGCAGGCCCUAACUGUCACUGGAGAGAUGGGGGACUGCAUAGAAUCACUGGCUGCCUUCAAAGGUGAAGUGCGUUGUGAGCCUCCCAACAACCGUCUGGACAAGUUCAAAGGAAAUCUGACUGUCCAUGAUCAAACUUAUGCUUUGGACAAUGACAAGGUGCUGCUCCGAGGAUGUACUCUAAGGAACACAGAGUGGUGCUUUGGACUGGUUAUCUUUGGAGGUCCUGACACCAAGUUGAUGCAGAACAGUGGAAAGGCAGUAUUCAAGCGGACAAGUAUUGAUCACUUGAUGAAUGUCCUGGUGUUGUGUAUAUUUGGUUUCCUGGCAUGUAUGUGCAGCAUUAUGACCAUCGGUAAUGCUAUCUGGGAGGCCACGGACGGCUCAGUGUUCAUAGUCUUCCUCCCACGUGAACCAGGGGUUAAUGCUAGCCUCUCAUCCUUCCUCACCUUCUGGUCCUAUGUGAUCGUCCUCAACACUGUUGUGCCAAUUUCUCUAUAUGUCAGUGUGGAGAUCAUCCGCCUGGGGAACAGCUUUUACAUAGACUGGGACAGGAAGAUGUAUUACCCCAAGAAUGACACUCCUGCCAAGGCAAGGACCACCACACUGAAUGAGGAGCUGGGCCAGAUCAAAUACAUCUUCAGCGACAAGACAGGCACCCUGACGCAGAACAUCAUGACUUUUAAUAAGUGUUCUAUCAAUGGAAAAGCUUAUGGUGAGCUGUAUGACUUUUCUGGAACAAGGGUGGAAAUUACAGAGAGGACAGAGAAAGUAGACUUCUCAUGGAACCAGCUGGCUGAUCCAAAGUUUACCUUUCAUGACCAUAGUCUGGUAGAGACGAUCAACGAGGGAAAUCUGGAGGCUCAUGCCUUCUUCCGCUUGCUGGCUCUGUGCCACACAGUCAUGGCUGAGGAAAAGGAGGAGAAAAAGCUCAACUAUCAAGCUCAGUCUCCUGAUGAGGGCGCUCUGGUGACUGCAGCGAGAAACUUUGGCUUUGUGUUCCGCUCGCGCACACCAGAGACCAUUACAGUCUGGGAGAUGGGUAAACAAGUGAUCUACGAACUUCUGGCUGUUCUUGACUUCAAUAACGUCCGCAAGAGAAUGUCAGUCAUAGUGCGAAGCCCUGAGGGGAAGUUGACUCUUUUCUGCAAAGGAGCAGACACCAUCAUCUUUGAAAGGCUGCACCCCUCCUGUAACACACUGAAGGAAGUAACCAACGAUCACCUUAAUAGGUAUGCAGGGGAAGGCCUCCGUACACUUGCUCUGGCCUACAAAGACUUGGAUGAGAGUUUUAUGGAGGAGUGGCAAAAGCGCCACCAUGAGGCCAGCACUGCUUUGGAAGGCCGAGAGGAGAAACUUGAUGAGCUAUAUGAGGAGAUAGAGAAAGAUCUGCUGCUUCUCGGGGCUACAGCUGUUGAGGAUAAGCUACAGGACGGCGUGCCACAGACCAUUGAGCAACUUGCUAAAGCUGACAUAAAAAUCUGGGUGUUGACUGGAGACAAACAGGAGACAGCAGAGAAUAUUGGCUACUCCUGCAACAUGCUAAGAGAGGACAUGAAGGGUAUUUUCAUUGUGUCAGCAAACACAGCUGAAGGAGUCAAAGAGGAGCUACAAAAUGCAAGAAAAACAAUGUGUCGUGAAUCUGCAAAUGAGCCGUCAGUGAUAAAGUCUCGUGCAGGUCUGUUCUGGCUUAAGAAGACUGAGACUGUGCACGAUGAGAAAGUGGAUGGAGAAUACGCCCUUAUUAUAAAUGGGCACAGUCUGGCCUUUGCUUUGGAGAAGAGCUUGCGCCUGGAGCUGCUUAGGACAGCUUGUAUGUGUCAGACAGUGAUUUGCUGCAGGGUCACCCCUUUGCAGAAGGCCCAGGUGGUUCAGCUGGUCAAGAAAUAUAAGCAGGCUGUCACCCUGGCUAUUGGGGAUGGAGCUAAUGAUGUCAGCAUGAUCAAGGCUGCUCAUAUAGGUGUGGGCAUCAGCGGUCAGGAGGGCAUGCAGGCCGUUCUCUCCAGUGACUUCUCCUUUGCCCAGUUCCGUUAUCUUCAGCGCCUCCUGUUGGUGCACGGUCGCUGGUCCUACCUGCGCAUGUGCACGUUUCUUCGUUAUUUCUUUUACAAGAACUUCACCUUCACCUUUGUGCAUUUCUGGUAUGCCUUCUUCUGCGGCUUCUCUGCACAGACUGUGUAUGACGAGUGGUUCAUCACCUGCUACAACCUGGUGUACACAGCUCUUCCAGUCCUUGGCAUGAGUCUCUUUGAUCAGGAUGUAAAUGACCGCUGGAGCUUCCAGUAUCCUCAGCUCUACACUCCAGGCCAGUUAAACCAGUACUUCAGUAAGAAAAUCUUUGUGCGCUGUAUGAUGCACAGCUGCUACAGCUCUCUCAUCCUCUUCUUCAUACCCUGGGCCGCCAUGUAUGACACAGUUCGAGACGAUGGCAAGGACAUUGCUGACUACCAAUCCUUUGCUUUAUUGGCACAGACCUGUCUGCUGGUUGUAGUAAAUGUACAGCUCUGUUUGGACACUCAUUACUGGACAGCAGUGAACCAGUUCUUUGUAUGGGGAAGUCUGGCUGCUUAUUUUGCUAUCACAUUCACCAUGUACAGCAAUGGCAUGUUUCUCAUCUUUACCUCCAUUUUUCCCUUUAUUGGUACAGCAAGGAACUCUCUGAACCAGCCCAAUGUGUGGCUGACCAUAUUUAUGACCUCUCUUCUCUGUAUUCUGCCUGUGGUUGCUUUCCGCUUUAUUCUCAUUCAGCUCCGACCAACAAUCAAUGACAAGGUGAGACAUAAAAUGCGGAAGGAGGCACUACCAGCUUCUGCACCUCGCCACGUUGUCAGACGUAUCAGCACCCGUCGAUCCGGCUAUGCCUUCUCACACACCCAGGGAUAUGGUGAUCUGGUGACAUCCCACAAGUUUCUGGUAAAACUACCAAAGAGUCGACGAGCCCUUUUCACCCAAACAGACUCUCCUUUGGCUGAGAACCAGCCCCAACAUUACCGCACCAUCAAGGAGGAGGGGGAGGAACCACAGAAUCCGUCACAGGAGGUACGCAGUGACUAAACUUAGACUCAAGAAUGGGAGCAGCAAAACAAGGUUUAAUGGACUCCUUUUAAUAGGGUAAUACAAAGUAUAAAGUUCAUUGUUCCAUAUUGAAACUUUUAUUUUUAAUUUUUGUAUUCUACAGUGUCCCAAAAAAUCCCAAAUCCCAACGUUCUCUAGGUUUAUAAUUUAAGUUAUUUCAGCUUACUAUGGGGAUCUUUGAAAACAGUCUGGACUCUGCCAGCAAAAACACAUGCACUUGAUCAAGAUUUGACAAAAAAAAAACUAUAUAGCAUAAACAGUCACACUUAGGAAUAAUUUGAUUACUUCAUGCAUUUGUAACUGAAAGUGAUUUUUACUUUUUCAUGGGCACAAUUUCUUAUCUCACUUUGUUGUAAAAUAUUUACUCUGUUGAAUGAUGCUCAGGGUGUCGUUCUAAGAAGGGGAAAGAGAUGCUUUGGUUUCACUUGAAAUCUAAGCAGUUUUGUUUACAUUACUCUCAGCAUGAAGGGUUUUAAAUGUUAUUUUAUUUUUGUUCUGCUCUGUGAUUGAAUCGUCACUGAAAAAGGUAGGCGAGUAUCCAGUUAGUCACAAUGUGUUCACUGAACAGCCAGGGGUCAUUGUUGUCUUUGUUUAGUACAGCUCUUUGAUUUGAGUUGUCAAACAGUAAACUUUGCAUUGACCAUAAGACAGCACGUUAUCAGAUUCCUAAGUUGUAAUCAUGUUUAUUUGUUGUUUUUUUUAUUUUUCUUGUCAAGGUGGAUUUCAUUUUAUGAUGAAGUGAGAAUUUUGUUUUUUGAUCAUUAAAAUCCAUCAGGUGUUCGCAGGAAAGAAUCCGUGAAUAAAACUGAUAUUCUUGGU